GUAGUCGAAUAUAAUUCGCUUCAUAAUGAAACUUCUGAUUGCAUUGAGCGUGCUUGUAGCUGCUGUGUCGGCUGGCACUCAACCACUGGUUGAGGUUAUGCCUUACCAGGACUUGGAAGGACGUAUUACAAAUGGUGAAGUUGCUUCUGAUGCACAGUUUCCUUAUCAAGCUGCCUUAAGGUUAGGUAUGGAAGGUGGUUAUGCUUUUUGCGGCGGCAGCAUCCUCUCAGAUGAAUGGAUUUUAACCGCUGCUCACUGCACUGAUGUAGCACAUAAUGUUACCGUUACUGUUGGUGUCACAAAACUCAGUGGAGAAAAUGAAAAGUUUGAGCAAAAAAUAUUUGUUACUAGUAAAAAUAUCAUCGUUCACGAAGGCUGGAAUCCAUCUACUUUAACAAAUGAUAUUGCCCUCAUAAGAUUAUCUGCAAAGAUACAGUUCAAUGAACAUACUGAGCCUGCUGUUUUACCAAAGAACAAUGAUGGUGAUUAUGUUGGUGAUUUGGUUUGGGCUAGUGGUUGGGGCAAGGAUAGUGACUCUGCAACUGCUGUUUCUCCAGUUCUUCGAUACAUUGAAGUUCCAGUUUUGAAGCCCCAGACUUGUAGUACCUACUAUCUCGGUGUGAUCACUGAGAAAAUGAUUUGUAUUAGUACCAAAGGUCAUAAAUCUACCUGCAAUGGCGACUCUGGUGGUCCAUUGGUACUUAAACAAGAUGACCAAAACAUUUUAAUAGGCGCAACAUCGUUCGGUAUUGCAUUGGGUUGUGAAAAGGGUUGGCCAGGUGUAUUUACUCGUGUUCCUGCUUAUUUGGAUUGGAUUCAUGCUAAAACUGGUUUAAAAUAAAUAUUUUUAAUAAAUAAAAACUCAUUUUAAUAAACAAGAUAUUAAUUUUUCAAA